AGAAAUGUUUUUUCCCAUAGAAGAAUACUAUUUAUAUAACUGAACUUCCAUGUUUCAGAAUACUGAAUAAUGGCUAGUGAAUUGAAGUCGUAUGUUGAAAAGUUUUUGUUAAACCCAGCUGCUUCGUUUAAUGUUGAUGAAGAAGGAAAUGAAGAAACUUCAGCCCAAAUUAUAGAGAGUGUGGCUGCUGAUGAGGGUGUUGAGGCUAAACAGUCAAGAAGUAAACUUAGAGCCAAGAAUGAAGUUCUUUUGUUUGAAGCUGAUUCACGAUAUCAAGGGAAGAAAGUAACUAGAAAAGACUUGAAGGAAAGUAUCACAUUUGAUCCUAAUCUGACAAAAUAUUUUACAGCAGAUACAGAUGAAGAAAUUAGUGACAAUGGAGAUGAGGAAGAGGAAACUAAUGACAGUUAUGAAGAUAAAGGUACUUCUAAUCUAGAGAGAAAUAAGUUAACAAAAUCAGGAAUUCAAGGUAGUUUGGAUGAUGAUUGUGAUGUUAGAAGUUUUGAAGAAAAAACUUAUGGCAGCAGUCAGAAGGAAGUCUGUCUGGAUGAACAGCUUGAAGAUAAUGAUCAGGAUGGUUUGAUCUAUAGUGGUGAUUUUAGCAAAUUUGCUGAGGAUAUUGAAGAAAUGAGUGGAGAAGCCAGUGGUGAUGAUGAUGAUGAUGAUGAAGAGGAUGAUGAUGAUGAUGAUGAUGAUGAUGAUGAUGAUGAUGAUGAAGUGUUACUGAAAACAAACAAUGUGGGAUCAGGAGGGCCAGAAAAAAACUCUGGAAUAACCAUUAAGAAGUUUCAGUCUGUUGAUGAAGAGGAAGAAUUAAAGAAAUCUCACUGUGUGAAAAGACAGUUAGCUGUAUAUGAUUCCUUAUUUGAAUUACGAAUAGGAAUGCAGAGAGGACUUAAUGGUACCAAUCAGUUACCACAGUUUAACACAUAUAAGAACUUUUUACAAGAAAAAGAUCCAAACUACAUGAAAAAUUUGGCAUCAGCAAAGUCUUCCACCAAAAAGCUUUUAAAUACAUUGCUUGAAACUCAGAUAAUACUCCUUAAUCAAAAUCCUGAAACAAAAAAUUUGUUGCAUGAUUGUGAGAAACAGUCAGCUAUACAUAGUGAUGAGGAAGUGGCCAACUUUGAAGAUGAAUCAGGGAAUAUAGAGGAAAAUGUUAAAGGAGGAACCAAGAGAAAAUUGAAAUUAGAAGAAUAUGGUCAUUUAUUGAAUAAGAGGCAUGCAGCUCUGAUGCCCUUUAGGGAUGAAACCCUGACCAGGUGGUACGAAAAGACCAAGUUGCUUUCAAGUGCAAGGGGACGUGAUAAAUUCAGUGGGUUUGAGGUAUCUGCUCUACAGCAACUGAAGAAUGUUCUCAACAAUAAGGCACAGCUUAUUAGACGAACACAGCUUACAGGUGUUACAAGAGGCAAAACAUACCAUAUCCUAGGAACCAAUGAUGAAAGCAUUACUGAGGCUGAGAGAGAGCAGUAUGACCCAGAAAUUUUUGACGAUAAUGACUUUUACUCAAGAGCAUUAGAAGAUAUGCUAAAGUCUAAGAUAUCCUUAUCUGAUGAUAUGUCAGAUGUUUCACGGAAGUGGAUUGAAAUUCAGAAACUCCGUAAAAAAGCCAAGAGGAAAGUGGACACCAAAGCAACCAAAGGACGAAAACUGAAGUAUGAGGUCAGUGGGCUUUUGGCAAUUAUUACUUUUCAUUUUUUCUUCAGAUUAAGAAAUAUCUUUUAAUAUUGUAAAGGAUUCAGUGAAGGCAAA